CGUCAGAUAGCCAAGUUGCGGAAGUGCGCGCUCUGACUGCAGAGGAUGACAGCUUGAAAUGCAUUAGCACUUGAAGAAACUGGCGUAUGACUUAAUUAUGAGAGCAGCCGGUAUCGACCAGUAAGAUGAGUUAGUGAUGGGGAUGUGCUAAUGAAAAAAUAUCUGUUCCACUGAACUGACGCCGUUUCGAUUUCAGUAGCCUACCUGCGUUGUCCUGAGCGAGACCAAUCGGUAUUUUCAUGCGGCUGGCGCGUUUCUCGAGUUAUGGGUGCAUUACAGUCAUUACCUGAUGAACCCGAAUACAGAGAAUUCACAGAGAAGACGGGCUUUUCCUUCGAGCAGAUUGGAAUCCUGCACAAAAGAUUCAAGCAGUUGAGCCACAAUGAAGACACGCUGAGGAGAGCUGACAUCGACACAAUUCCAGAUCUGGCAUGCAAUCCAAUCCGCACCCAAAUUAUAGAGGCCUUCUUUGACAAAAGAAACUUCCAUCAGAAUGGUGACGGGACAGUCCAAGAGAUCGGCUUUGAGGAGUUCCUUGUGGUCAUGUCCCACUUCAGACCACCAGCACUGAACAUGACAGAGGAACAGAGAGAGAACAUCAGAAGGGAGAAACUCCGCUUCCUGUUUAACAUGCACGACACAGACAACGAUGGAACAAUCACUCUGGAGGAGUACCGACAUGUAGUGGAGGAGCUGCUGUCUCGGAGUGGAGCCCUGGGAAAGGAAACGGCUAAAGGAAUAGCAGAUGCUGCCAUGCUGGAGGUAGCCAGUAUCUCCAUGGGUCACAUGGAACCAGAUGAGUUUUACGAGGGGAUCACUUUUGAACAUUUUCUAAAGAUACUGAAAGAUAUCGAGAUCGAGACGAGAAUGAACAUUCGCUUUUUGAAUAUGGACACGACGACCCUGUGCAAGUGAGGAUCUUCCACUUUUUUUUAUUACUAUGACGCACAAGCACUCUUUUAUGGUCUUUUUAUUUAGUGGCCAGUUAGGGCGUACUUUAUGUACUCUGACAAACUAUUAGAAAGCUCUGUUUAUAGUUUUGUUUUGGGUUGUUAUGAACUUUUAAUUAGGUGACGGUUUAAGCUUCUACUAUCUAGUAACCUCGAACACUCACUGUUAUGUUUUUACAAAUUAAUUGAAUUAAAAAUAUGUGCAACUAUGCAAAUAUACACAGGUUAGCAGUAGGUAUGUUAUGAAUUUAGCAUGCCUGUAUCUAUCACUCCAUAUUUAAUGCAAGAGUAUUCACAAUGCACUAAAUGCCAUGAAUCAAUAAUGAAUUCAAUAGUAAUGCAAUAAACCAGUAAUAAAGCGAUAGCCAAUUAUGCAGCUCCAUGAUUAAAGUGAAUGCAAUUUACCUCCUAGUGUGUAUAUAUAUAUAUAUAUAUAUAUAC